AUGACCACAGAAUUCGACGAAGUGCUGAAUUUGGAGGAGAGCUUUUAUGUGGAGGGGUUUAAAGAUGGCCGAAGCGAAAACCUUAAGCACAAUCAUCUCGAGGGUAAACAAUAUGGGUUGCAAGUUGGAUUCCAAAGAUUUAUUUUCAUAGGAGUGAUUCGCGGUGUUUGUAAUGAGUUGAAGAAACUUAAUUUCAGUGCUUCCAUUGACAAGAACAUCCAACUAAUACUAGCUUUGAUAGACGAAAUCCCCAUGGACAAUCGUGAUGAGAGUGUGCAAAUAUAUGAGAAAAACAUCGUGCGACUCAAAAAUAAAUUCAGGCUAUUGUUGAUGGCUCUCAGUAAGCGCUGGAAAGACCUAAAUGCAGGAAAUCCUGAGAAGCUAACAUUCGAGAUGCUCGAAACAGUUUCCAAAACAGUCGCAGGGGAGCUAAAUGCCUAUGUUGAAGAUAGUGGCUCGACAAACGCUGUUUCUCAACCGGAGAAAGAUAUGUGGUGA